AUGGCGUCUCUCAAAGCCGGUCCCUCGAGUGAGUCCGCGCAAAGCGAGGCAACGCGACGGCUUUUCGACGACCAAGAUGCCGGAGACAGUCAUGGCGCCCUCGAGGAACAAAAGUUCGAGUAUGAAGACGCCCCCAAGCGCGUUACGCCCUUGCCGAGGGCCCAGCUGGCUACGCUAUGUGCUAUCAGGCUGGUCGACCCGAUCGCCUUCACGCAGAUUUUCCCUUAUGUCAAUGAGAUGAUGGAACGCCUGCACCUAACGAACGACCCCUCACAAAUCGGCUUCUACAGCGGUAUAGUAGAGAGCAGCUUUGCCGUGUCGCAGCUGUGUUGUAUCUACAAUUGGGCACAACUAUCCGACAAAAUAGGCCGUCGUCCGGUUGUCUUGACUGGCAUACUGGGCAUCGGCCUGUCUACUAUGAUCCUUGGCACUGCGCACAACCUAGCUGGUAUCCUACUGGCUCGAUGUGUAGCUGGUAUCUUCUCUGGCAACAUCGCGGUUAUCCACUCUGUACUCGGCGAAAUUACCGACUCAACCAACCAGGCAAUAGCCUUCCCCAUUUACGGGCUCUUCUGGCCCCUUGGUGCCAUCAUCGGUCCCCUACUAGGCGGCACCUUCUCCAACCCCGCCGACCGCUUCCCAAGUUUAUUCGACUACGACUUCCUCAGAGAGUACCCCUACUUCCUGCCAUGCUUCGUUGCAGGCUGUCUCUCCAUCUGCGGAGCCCUGCUGGUAUACCUCUUCCUUGAAGAGACACUGCCCAGCAAGCGCAACAGAGGGGAUUGCGUACCGAUGCGGCAGGUAGGGUCUGAGCACAGGAGCGCCGAUCCGGAGAAGCCGCCACAACCUGCUGGCAUCCGGUAUCUGCUGUCAAUCCCGCUGAUCAAGGCGCUCUGCUUCAGCGGCUUCGCGCUGGCAUUCCUCAAUACCGGCUUCGACGUAACCUUCGUCCUCUUCUCCUACUCCGCAAUCGAGCGCGGUGGGCUCAACUUCCAGACGCACCAGAUCGGCUAUGCGCUCGCGAUGUCCGGCGUCGCAUCGGUGCUGCUCCAGCUGUUCUUCAUGCCGUACCUCCUGAGGCGCUUCGACCACGCGCGGAUGUACAACGUCUGCAUGGCGAUUUGGCCCUUCUGCUACGUGCUGAUGCCUGGGCUGAACAUCAUCGCGCGCGCGGGCAUCGACGAGGCGACGGGCGAGCCGAGCGAUGCCGCGAGGGCGUUCAUCUGGAUGGGCAUCGCUGGGCUGCUGUUGACCGCGAGGACGGCUUGCUUGGCGUAUUCUGUGAGCAUGAUCCUCGUGAAGGAAGCCGCCCCCCACCCAUCGGCGCUGGGCUCCACAAACGGCCUCGCCCAGUUUUUCAUGUGCUUCGCGCGGUCCUUCGCCCCCGCCUUCACGAGCUCCCUCUUCGCGUUCUCCAACGGCUUCGACUUCUUCCUCCUCCGGUACCUCUGGGUGCUCGUCAUGGCCGUCCUCUCCUUCCUCGGCACGACGCUCUCGCGCCGUAUCGCGGAGGGCCGCCCUGCGCGCCCCACCCCGAAGUAG